UCCCACCUCCCUGCCCGGGUUCCCGCGCGGCCUCCCCGCGCCCACGAGGUGGCGCCUGCGCUCUAGAGGGCGCCUCCCCGGCGCGGCGAGAGCCACAGCGGCGCCCAGCGACAGCUCGAACCUGAGCCGCAGGAUUCGGGGGACCGGAGGGCUUCGCCGUCCGCCAAGGGUUUUGCUUUGUGUAAGAAUGCUCUAUUACGUAAAGCAAGAAGUCACUGGAAGUGAGUGUCAGAAAGUAUUUGGUGGAGUUGAUGCAAGUGACAUUGAUGUUUGGGUCCCAGAACCAGACCACUCAGAAGUUCCUGCUGAAUGGUGGGAUUUUGAUGCUGAUAAGUCACUCCUUAUUGGAGUUUUGAAACAUGGUUAUGAAAAAUAUAACACUAUCCGAGCUGACCCAGCACUGUGCUUUUUGGAAAGAGUGGGAAAACCAGAUGAGAAAGCAGUUGCUGCAGAACAGAGGGCAAAUGAUUUUAUGGAUGAAAACUGACAGGCCCAGAUGGACAAAGAAAUGACCAUACUUUAAACGCGCAAGCAGUUUAAGGACAUCAGAAAAAGUAAUGAGUGACAGUGUACUGACAGUUCACUGGCCUGCCCACUCGCUCUCUCAACACACACUCCUGCAGCUCGAUUUCCUGCAUUUCAGGAGGAAAUCCCCUGCCUCUGGCUUAGAAUAAUCAAUUAUUUUGUUUACGCAAAAUUCUACAUAGUCCUCUAAUAGAGUCCUAUGCUUCUGAAAUUCUCUAUGUUAAAAUAAUCUUCAGAAGUAGUGUGUUUACAAAGCCAAACUCAGUGAUUUCCCAAGAUCAAAUACUCCGUGACAAAUUUUAUCCCCAAAUUUGGGAAAACAAUGAGAAGAAAGCAAAGAUGAAUCCUCGGAGGUCCUCAGAUAAGCUUUUCCUCUCCCAUUUUGCUCACUUUUACAUUUUUUGUAUUCAGAGAAUAAGAGGUGAGUCCUUCUAUGUAUAAUUAAAACACAUGUGAAUUGAAAUUCUCAGGUAAUUAAACUGAGGAGCUCACUGAGCAAUGUUUACUUCUUUGCAAGUUCCGUUCCUCUUCAAGCUGCGCUUUCGGUUUUUUCUUUUUCUUUUCAAUCACAGAGAUUAAAGCAGCCUGAAUUUUACAGUUGCAUCUUGUGCAAGAAGAGGUGAGCAGGGGGAGACAUAGUGGUUUUAGUAAAUAAUGCCCUUUGAUGUCUCCAACUCGAAACCCAUAUUUUGAGAUUCCUGAUGUAUCUAAUAGUAUUUAGAAUAAAAUGUUAAGUGCCAAAGCUGGAGCUGUUUGCAGAGAAAAAUGCCUGUGAAAUGUGGGUGUUAACAUUCAUUUCACAUCUCACCACCGUCUUAGAACAAAGCACUCCCCUUCUCCUCUGUGAAGUUUGUGUGAUGUAUAUGUCCUAUACUCGUGGUGUGUCCACUCUUCUUUUGGCUGCUGACCACAAAAUUAUUAAUAGCUGUUAACCUUG